ACGAGCAUGCCUGCGUCUGAAAAUAGCCGUAUCUGAUCACUGCUUCACCCAAACAGGGAACUCUCUCUUUCCUUGUCACUCCCACUCUUUGGCUCUCUAACUUUCUCCUCGUUCUGUUGUCUCUGUGCUUCCCAGGCAUUAAACGGGGUAAGAUCUGGGAAUAAAGCUUGACUGGGACGAGAGACUAUAUCCUGAGCGGAGGGUAGAAGACGGAAAAAACAAAAAAAAAUCAGAAUAUAAGAAGAGAAAAGGGGAGGAGAAGGCACUUGGGGUCACAGCUCACCUAUACCUGACUCUUCUUAGCAACUCCAGUCUUUUGGUUUUAUGACGGAAAGUGUGUCCCCCUGCAGUAGACCAGUAAGAAGUGCUCUUCAAUAUGAAUACAGAUAGCGGAGGAUGCUCUCGCAAAAGCGUGGCCUUGUCACUCAUGCUCUCUCCCAUGAAGAGGGUCCAGAGCUCACCAAAUCUAGGCUCAGGGAGUGAUUCUCACUCAUCAGACCUGGAUUCUUGGCGGUCUCGCAGUGUAACAGAUGGCCUUAAGAACGGAGACGCCAGCAGCUCAUCUCUUGCUGCCAAAGGCUUCCGCAGUGUUAGACCCAACCUGCAGGACAAAAAGUCACCAACACAGGGGCCUCCCUCCCCCGACCCCUCAGCACGGCACUCCCCCUAUCGCUGCCACAGCUCAGAGUCACUCGACUACCUGCCCGGCCUCAUGCCCAAGGCCCUGUCGCCCACCCCGUACGUUCCUAUGGGAGCCGGCGCAGCAGGCCGGCCGAGCCUUCCCACAAUCAGCAGCAUGAACAGCGGCGGCGGCUGCGCGUCGCCCUCGGCGUCCCCCGUGACGGUGUCAGCUCUCAGCCACUACUCCUCGUCCACUGCGGGUCUGCUGGACGAGCUGCAGAUCUGCAGCCUGGACUCGCCCGGCGCCUCGCCCACGCCAUCGCCCACGCUCAGCCAUGUCUCCACCUACACAUCCACUGCUGGCCCUGACGAUGUGCUAACAACCUUUGCGGCCUCCACUGCUGCAGCAGCCACUGUCACUAACGGCCAGGUCCUCUCUCACGCUAUGAAUGGAAGUGCUCCCCAGAGGCCCCUCUCUCCUCCGGCCUACCCUCCUCCACCCACCUCACUCCACACCGGGCUCCAGAGACAGAGCAGGAGUUCAGAGGGCAGCGAGUCAGUAAUCAGAGAGUCGGUGGUGUCUGGCCACACCAGCGUCAGCAGCACUGUGCCCAUCGCCCGCUUCUCAGAAGAAGAGAAGAAGGUGUCCAUUAUUAAAGCUCCUCAUUACGAGGGCAUCGGCCCAGUGGACGACACUGGCAUCCCUAUCGCCAUCCGCACGACGGUGGAUAGACCGAAGGAUUGGUACAAAACAAUGUUCAAACAGAUCCACAAGGUUCACAAAGCAGAUGAUGACUAUUCUGACACGUACAAUGCAACAUAUGCUGUCAUAAACAAUGACGAGUACGGCCUGACCUCCAACCCCGCCACCAUGGCCCACCCGGCGCCAAGGACACAUACGUACAGGCCGCUCGCCAAAAGCCCCUCGGACAACGGAGGACACCCGGGCCCUCGGGAGCCUUCGCCGUCCCCGGUGCCGCCACCGCCUCCACCCAUGCCAUCCCUCCUCCAGCUGAGGGCCAGAGACAGCGACCGGGAGAGGGACUCGCCUGACACGAAUGAAUGGGGACCUCCCAAUAGGAAAGUGGACACACGAAAGUACCGUGCAGAGCCGAAGAGUAUUUUUGAGUACGAGCCUGGGAAGUCCUCCAUCCUGGAGCACGAAAGACCAACGUCCCUGCACAUCGCUCCUGCUGACAAGGCUCCGGAGAGACCUGCGAGUGCUGCCAGCGACUACAGGAAGAGAAGGAAGUCUGAACCGUCCAGUUCCCAGGUGAACGCCCAGUCUCAGAGCAGAGCUGCCACUUCCCCCAAACCAGUGGAUGCCUACCGACCCAGCAGCAGCCUAAAGAAACCUGUGGUCCGUUCCUCACCAUCCUCACCCUCCAGAGCCAAAGGUGGGGACGCAUGCAACAUGUAUUCAAACAGUUUGACCUCCCCAGGUCCUUACCAGCGCCCCUACCUGCCCCCUCUCCCCUCUGACCCUGACCACUGCAACGAGGAGGACAGCCAGGAGGGCAGCUCCUCCUCCAAGCAGUCUGUCUGCUGUAAGAACAGUUGGCCGACUAAAUGCCAGGACGCCGGGACGACGUGGAGCAGCGCAGAGGCGGUACCAUCCGUCACUGGCAAGGUCAAGUCACGCAGCUGUGAUGACUUACUCAACGACGGGCAUUCUGGCUCAGCCGGGCGCAAUGCGACCCGCUCAGAAAGUGCCGGGUCGCUAGUUUGUGAUGGGAAUCCCUCAGGUUCGACUGGAUCCAUGUCCACUCGCUCAUUGCCUCGCCUCCACCGGCGGCGGGCGCACGAUUCUCCGGGCUUUCUCCAGCUCUACCGUAAAAUGCACCAGAUUGACCGAGCUCAGCUCAUCCCAUCGGAGGUCAUCAGAUCAGUCCGCGCUCGCAUCCUGGAGCUGGAGCGCCAACCUCACCUGCAUCGCCACCGUCUCUCUCCUUGGGCGCCAUCUUGGGGCAUGGAGGUGCCGCGCGAUAUGGUGCCAACCCGCAUUUCUGCAUAUGAGCGCCUUAUUCAGAAGUCCAAAUCCAUGCCCAACCUGGGUGACAGCGAGGUGCCUUCAGGCACGACCACGCCAGGCGGCUCGUCAUCUCGAGCCAGCAGCGGUGGUGGGGGCACGCCCAGUUUCCCAAAACGCCGGUUUUCUAUAGAAUCUUUAUUAGAAGAAGACAACAACGGCAACAGUGGAGCGGUACCUCACAGCAUGGACCAUUUGCAUCGACCUCGGAGCCCACCUGAGGGCCAGCCUCGCGUCGGGCCGGAGCCCGGCCGUGGACGCUCCUUCCCUGCUCCUCCUGUCCCCCAAGGCCCACAAGCCAACGCGGACUACUCUGACAGUGAACAGGACGCCAUAGCGUCAGACCUCAGUGACUUCAUCCAGGUGGAGGGCUCCUCAUUUUGCAGUGAGAGUGACUUUGACCAUUGCUCACUAACCUCUUCUGAGAGCUUGUACGGCUCCUCCACCCUUCACCACCAUCACCACCUCCGCCACCACCACCAUCAUCACCACCACCACCCUGCCCACCAGAGUCUGGGUCAGAGCCAGGGCUACCAACACCGCCAUCUCAUCAGCUCCUGCAAAGGCCGCUGCCCGGCGUCCUACACCCGCUUCACAACUAUGCUUCGCCACGAGAGAGAGCGUGCGCGCCAGGAGCACCAGAGACCUUCGCAGCCGAGCCGCGGCAGCCAUUCCCAAAUCCAGAGCUCACAAUCCCAGCAAGCGAUGUCCAAGCUGGCCUUCCUGGUCAGCCCAGUGCCUUUCCGCAGGAAAAAGGGCUCACCACCUACCUCUAGAAGAAGCAGUGGUGGCGGAGAUCGAGGUAGCAGACCCAAGUCCAAACAGGCCAUUUAUGAAGCACUAGAUGCAGCCUUGAGAGACAUUUAUGAGCACAUUCAAGCAGAGAGAGGCCACAGAGUCACUAGGGCGCCGGAUGAUAGCAUCCUAAAGAGAAUACUGGCCGAACUGCUGCCAAAUGUGCCUGAGCGAAGCUCCUCAUUGCGCGGGAGGAGGGGUUGUUGGCAUGGGGGUCACUCCUCUGCAUCUCUGUACCCAGAUGGGAGCCCCACUGGGUACGCCUCACAUAGAGGGGACCCCUCCACACCGCGGCUACAGUCACCAGUCAGUGCCUGUUACGGACGCCACGCAGAAACCUCAAACAAUAAUGAAUAUGGAGAGGAGCAGGGCAAUGGAAACGGUCUCUGUUAUUCAGACCAGGAUGUCUCCAGGUGUUAUUCCACCAUGGAUGGACGCCACACACCCCAGAGUAGAAGACCUACUCCUGACAGAGAGAAACAGCCUGCGAGAGCCAUUUAUGAUUUUAAGGCACAAACAGCUAAGGAGCUGACAUUUAAGAAGGGUGAUGCAGUGAACAUCAUCCGGCAGAUAGACAACAACUGGUACGAAGGAGAGCACCGAGGACGGGUUGGGAUAUUACCCAUAUCAUAUGUAGAAAAGAUGCCGUCUUCAGAAAAGCAGCAGCCGAUUCGUCCUCCUCCGCCAGCACACGUCAGAGAGAUCGGAGAGGCGGUAGCUCGCUACAACUUCAAUGCUGAUACUAAUGUGGAGCUGUCUCUCAGAAAGGGUGAGAGAGUAAUUGUGAUAAGGCAGGUGGACCAGAACUGGUACGAGGGGAAGAUCCCACACACAACCAAACAGGGCAUUUUUCCUGUGUCAUAUGUUGACAUCAUGAAGCGAUCUCCGUCCAAGAGCUCCGUCCAUCACAUAGACCCACAUAGUUACCCUGGCAACAGGACACCAAGCUCUACACCCACAAAGCGUUUAGUACAGGAUGCACUCCAUGGUGGAGGAGACCCGUACCAGGCCGUGUACAACUACCUGCCUCGCAAUGAGGACGAGCUGGAGCUGAAGGAGGGCGACAUCGUAGACGUGAUGGAGAAGUGUGAUGAUGGCUGGUUUGUUGGGACCUCUCGACGGAGCAAGUUGUUUGGAACCUUCCCAGGAAACUACGUGAAGCAGCUAUAAUGAUGAUUCCAGACUGCCCCGCCCCCCUGCUGCCCUCUGGCUCCGCCCCCUUUCUGUGACAUCACCCUCAGCACAGCACCCUGCAGGAGACCGGCUCCCAACCCCGGUCCCCUUAAGACCCGUCGCACAGUUAUGUGUUUGCGUGUACGUGUGGCUCGUCAGCUCCACACAGACAGAACAUUUAGCUCUAACUAGCCAUCUUUAAUGGAAGACUUCUUUAAGAUAACGUUGUUUUUUUAAUCUUUAUCUUUUUAUCCUUAUUUUUCUAUCAUGGAGAACCCAAAACUUUGUGCUCCGGUCAGUGACCUUUAACUUUCGACUGUCGUUGGGAGGAUAUCAGAGGAACUUUGAAAAAAACAGUCAAUGAUAGAAAACAGGGCAUCACAGUGAUGCUUUUCUUUCUGUUAAAGGGCAGUAAGAUCACCACGAUCACCUUUUUUUUCUUUUUUUUCUGCUGUUUCUCAAACAAAAACACUUACAUUUCAUUUCAGUGUUCAAUCACAAAUAUCCCCAAAGACAUUGAGUGCAGAGAGUGUUGUACAAACAGUAUUCUGUCAGCAGGGCUGUUGUAAACAAAGAGUUUGCAGCUGAUAUUUCAGGUGAACAGAUGUGACUUGUUACAUGUGGAACUGACUGUGCAUGUAUCCAUGUCGUGUGUCGCCCAAGGUUCGGACCGAUUGUUUGAUUUGGGGAUAUGAAACACUAGCAUUAAUCAUUUUUAAGCAAUCAUUUCAAAUAUUGCAAGUGUGAAAAGUAUCAUUGCACCUGCUGUCUAAAUCUGAUAUAAUAGAUUUAAAGUAUAAGAAUAGAAAACAGUGAAAUGUUUUCGACCUGUCGGUUCUUCAUCUUCACACUAGGAUUGAUGCACUUUAACGAAAACUUUAACACACUUUUGUGUUUGUUUAAUCUCAAAAUUUCACUCCAGAUUUGACACUCUAGACAAUAAUAAUCAUAUGACUGCGGGGCUUCAGAGUAUAUUGGUCAUGUUUGAGAAAGUGUAUGCAAAAAAAAAAAGGUUACCGGCCUUUUUUUUAGGUAUUAUAUUUAUUAGAGGACAAGUGCUGGUCGAACUGUGUUAUAAGACGAUUUUAGAAACAACACGAUGCUUUUUUUUAAAAACAUCUUUCAAACCAUAUUUGAAGGCUUGUUGGUGACACUUUCUAUGAAGCUCAUGUCUAUAAUGCAUGUUAAUGAACUUUAAUGCAUUAUAAUCUGCCUACAGCACUGUGUAAUUAUAGUUAUAAGCACUCAACAUUUAUUAUGCCUUCUUACAAGAAUCAAAGCACAUUAUAAAGCAUUUUAUCAUGACUUCUUGCAGACCUGUGGCUAUUAUGCAUUAUUAAUAUACUUAUAUUGUAUUAUAGAUUUAGGAUUAGCAGUAUAACAGUACAGUGAUUAUAACGCAUUAUAAAUAUAUUAUAAUAAAUUACCACUAUGGCAAUUACAAGACACUAUGACCCUGCAAAAACAAUGAUUUUGUGAAGAAUAAUUCACUAUUGGCAUAUUUUCCAAAAUUACUAAUAGUGUGUCUCUGCUCACAUUAUUGUUGUUAUUAUUAUUAUUAUUAUUAUUAUUAUUAUUAUCAUUAUUUUCUCAGCACCAAUUUUAGAUUUUUCUUGUCAUUAUAAGGAAAAAGAACUACAGCUUCAACAAAAAUAUUUCUUAAUAAUACUCUUUAUAAUUUAUUAACAACAUUUCUAAAUUUAUAUCACUAUUUCAGGUAUAAUAAUUCUCACUUUAUGUACAGACAGUAGCACUAAAAAAAGGUGAAAUUGCUAUAAAGUGAGUAGUGAAUGAUUUCAGACAGUAAAUGUCUGUAUUGUGAUACUUGUAAUAAGUCAUUAUGAAUUGCUUUAUGAUGUGUUUGUUGUUAUAAAGCUUUGGGAAUAUUAUAACAGUUACUAACUAUACAGUGCUAUAAGCAGAUUAUAAUGCACUACAGGUGUGGUUAUAACACUUUGGGCGGCAUGGAAAGUGUUACCGGAUCUGUAUUUGUUAACCCUUUGAUGCACAACAUGGGUCUAAAGUGACCCGACUGAAUUUUUAAUUUUCUAUAACUUUACAAUAAAUUAAUUUCAUCAUUCAGUAUUCCAGGUUUUCCUAAAUCAACUUGUUUUUGAUCAUCAUACAUCCUAAUAUUUUGUUUUCAUUUCUUACUUUUUGAAUAAAAAACAUUUUUGUAUCACUACUCUUCCAAUGCACAGCAUGGGACAAAAAUUUCAUUAUGGGGUAAUGUGUGUAUAAUUUUAAGGAAAAAUGAAUUUAAUCAAUUUUGGAAUAAGGCUGAAACAUAAAAAAAAAAUGUGGAAAAAGUGAAGCGCUGUGAAAACCUUCCAGCUACACUGUAUGUGUGACAAAAUGAUACACUGCAAAAAAAGAAAAGUUGGGUGAACUCAAAAUUUCAAGGCAACAAACUUCGAUAAAAUUUUAAGUUGGACAAUUAAACUAAAUAUUUUAAGUUUUGUUUUUGAGUUUGCUCAACUCUGAAUUUCUCUGGCACGAUUGUAACGCCGCUAUGAAAUGUCAGCUAAUGUUGUGACCACAAUUUUGAGUUAGCAUUGAUACGCUAAUGGCUACUCUUGUAGCUGUAACAAGCAGCGCUGCUAGCAUCAGUUAGCCGCUAGCAUCAGUUAGCCGCUAGCUUUCACUAAUGACUGAAUUUCACAACAAAGAAAUAAGAGUUAUCAGAACUAUUGUCCCUUGUUGUGAACCCCAACUUAAAGAUAUAAGUAACAACAACUCACCAACUUGUUUUUGAGCGGACAACUGGCUUCCUUUGUUGUGCUAACUUACAUUAUUGCCCUAAAUGUCAAUAAUUUAUAUUUCCAAGUUUUACCAAAUUAAAUCACUGUAUUAGGCCAAAAAAUACAAGUUGGCUUUUUUGCAGUGUGCACAAACAUAUUAAAUAUAUGAGUGUGGAAAGUAACUAUUUGAAACAAAUUACUAUUAUUAUAGUAUUAGGUAAUUUAAUUUUAAUCAAAUUUGGAUGAAUGAGUCAUUUUUGACCCAUGUUGUGCAUUAGAAGGGUUGUCCAUAUGUUGUGCAUCAAAGGGUUAAUUAUCAUUGUCCAGAUAGAGACGGAGAACAAUAAAUAACAAUAGAAAACAAUAGUUGGUGCGCUGUGAUGAUGCCGGGUGUCAUGUUGAAUUGUUUUGUUGGAUGCAGGAGGAGAGAGCGCUUUAUCAUGAACUUCAGUCAUGUAACUGCAGUUUUUUUUUGGGUGGUAACCGUGUUGUCAGAGUGAUUGGCUCACUGUUUCAUGUAUAUGGAUUUAUCAGCAGUUUCCAUCUUAGCCUGUCAUGCUCAGUGAAUAUGAUUUGUUUUUGUUUUUUUUCUCAUUUUACGUGUUUCACAUAGGAUGGACACUGACAAGAAAACAAUUCUUGAAGCACCUUAAGAUAUAUUUUUGUUUUUAUCAUUCAUUGUCCUUCACGUCACCCCCCUGUCACCCACUAUUUCAGCUGGUGUGAGAUCACUUUGUGUGUGUGUGUGUGUGUGUGUGUCUGUGUGUGUGUUUUUGUAAGUUUUUUUGUAUGAGAGCUGUAAUAUGGCCAACAUCCACUUGCUUUAUAAAGUCAGCUUUUUCUCACCCACCAUCAUAUUUGGUUUCCUCUCCUUCUUUCUUCACAUUCUCCAUCAGUGGUGCUAAUUUCCACUUUUUCAGAGUAAUUAUUAUUAUUAUUGUAGCCAGGCAUGUAGGCCUUUUCUUUAUCUCCCUUUAUCUCUCCAGUUAUUUGUUGUUUUAAGAGCCAGUGACGUAUUUAAUAAGCUGAAGUUACUGUAGUUAGAGUGAGUAGAGUUGGUGAUUGCUGCCUUACAUCCAACUCACUAAUUUAAUAGCCAUGUAUAUGUAAACCUCUUCUGUGAUGCAAAAAAUUAAUUUAUGCAUAUAUAGUGUAGAAAACAUCAGGAACGUGUGCACAGAACGAUCACAAACUACAGUGUUGAAACAAACGCUAGUUUAUCUGCUUUUGAUACAUACAUAGGAACAGAUUUGGACUGAAGACAUGAAUUUGACGCCUGAUAUGUUUAUACAUGUAACGAAAAUGUUAAUCUCAUAUGUUAUUCAUGUUAAUAUCAAAUUCGAUGCACACUCUUGGACCUAAGUAUUUCUACAAUAUCUUAGCAUUUGUUUGGAUGAUUUUAUGGGGCUGUAUUGCUAAUAAAAUCCAGCUGGUAGAUGCAA